GAUAUUUGUUGCUCUGUCAACGAAGGAGAGAACGAGGCCUGACCUCUUGCGGCAGCACAACUCCUUGAACAAAUCCAUUUCCCAUCCCGCCCUUCCCGCCUUUCAUAAUUCUUGCUCCUACCACAGCAGAACACGCAUUAGCACCUUCGAUCUCUUUGACAUAGCCAAGAACAGCGCACGCGCAUUCGCAUCUUGAUAACCAAUUCCGUUCCUGGAUGGCCUUGCCACUGACUCCCGCCCAGAGCAGCAUGCUGAACAUCGCGACGCCUCCUGCAAGCCGCCUCCUCGACAAAUACGAAGCCACAGCCCGCACAACUGAAGCAAGCAGAGAACCCGCUGCUGACCGUCACGAUAUGUCGAGCCCCCCGCCUGCCCCUCAGGCGACGGAUGAGAAGGGCCCCGCCGGCCAUAACCAGGAAAAUGUCUCCCCGUCCAAGUCUCGCCAUUCGAGAAUACUGUCUGGUACCGAGCUUUCGCCUCUGAAGAUCCUAAGCGCGCAUGAUGUGGGCCUGGACCUCGACUCUCAAUCACCCCGAAAGCAAUCGCCCUUCACCAAGAACCCGCGAAAAAUCUCUCGCUUCCCUGUUAGGAUAAACAACGGCAGCCUCUCCCCGACGCCUGACAAGCAGCCCAGCGUGCCCCCGGUGCGGGAACAAGAGAUGAGUCUCGAGGAGGCGCUGCGUCAGAAUGAGGGCCUAGCAACCGCCAUACAGAUCUUUGAGGAUGAUGAUACCGCGCUGGACGAUGCCCAUGAAAACGACCCUAGUACUUCAGUAGCGGCCGUGUCUACUGGUGGCCAACACGCAGACGCGGACUCGGACGAAGACCCCUCGGCAGAUGACACCGCGAUUAGCGCCUUGAGCACCUUCUCCGCUGUGCCCGACAUGACUAUGUUUGCCAAAAUCGGGCAUAGUCCGACUCGGUUUACCAAUGCCGGCAUGUCUCCUGCCUCUGUUCGAAGUCGACCCGAGCCAUCGCCUUUGAGAAACCCCAGGCCUCCUACCAUGCAUGAAUCCGGAAAUACGACAAACCUACUCAUGGACUUCACCGAUCAGCUCCCAGGUAGACUCUCCUCUUCUAGAGCCCCACAGAGCGCGGUCGCUGCGACACCCCAUCAUCAACAGUCCAACCUCCUCGACUUCGAGAUCCCACCUCUCCCCACGCCUCGCAGUAUCCCUACCAUAACGCCCAGGGAGCUGGAAUCACUCAAAUCCGGCUUCCUCUCCGAGAUCAGUAGCUUGAAGGCAUCUCUUAGCGGCAAGGAAGCCGAAGUCUCGUCGCUCAAGACGGCGGUUGGCGAUGCCGAGAAGCGCGUCGGUGAGUGCAUGGAGCAGCUUCGCGAGGAUAGGGCCGCCAGAGAAGCGUUGGCCGAGGAGAAGGAUAGCUGGGAGAGGCGCGGCCGGGAGAUGGAGGCUGUGCUGCGCAAGGUGAAGGAGGAAAUUGUGAUCGGCCAGCGAGAACGCGAAGAGCUCGAGUUCAAGUUCGAAGAGAGCGAGAAGCGACGCGAGGCGGCCGAGAUGAUGGCCCAGGAAGCCGAGAGCAAGAUGGCGGGUAUGCGAGCUGGCAAGGCAACCUCAGACGCGUCCUCCGACCCCGGCAGCAAUAAGUCGUCUGACAAGACGAAGAAUUCCGGGUCCCGCGAUGUCGAGAUCGCCGUGGAGCGUGUCGCUCGCGAGCUCCACGCACUCUAUAAGAGUAAGCACGAAACUAAGGUCGCGGCGUUGAAGAAGAGCUACGAGAACCGCUGGGAGAAGAAGGUCCGCGAGCUCGAGGGCCAAGUAGGGGAUCUUGCGGAGGAGAACGAGCGACUAAAACUUGGUCGGGAUGCCACCAUGACUAGGGUCGACCCCAACCAGAGUAUCGUCGACGAGGAGCGCAAAGCACAAGCUGCCAGGGAUUCCGCGCAGAUCAAGGAACUGAAUGCCGAGAUCCAGAAGCUCGAGGCUGUUGUCCAUAGCAUCAAGACGGAUAACUUCGAACUCCAUCGGCUUCUGGAAAAGGAGCGUGUCGAGAAAGGAGAGCUUGUCCAGCUGGCCGAAGAGAUGAUGUCGAUUCAGAGUAUCGUCCAGGCCGAACCGACUCCAGCCCGGCCUGCCAUUCCCAGGGUCCAGCCGACCAGCUCCGGCAAUUUCCGCAAUAGCAUAAGCGGACGUCCAUCGGGCCUCAAGGCUCCCGGCUCGGCGAAGAAGCCCACCGAAAGUAGGAUUGGCGGCAUCUCUCACGAACGGGCCAAGAACGGCGGGUCUCAGGGCGGCCUCCCGCGUCCUAGUAGUGGCAUAGGCAUGCGGAGCGGCAUCAUGAGUUCUAUCGAGAAGAUGGGGAAUUAUAGAGGUCGGGGUGAAUAGGCGUCGAUUGACGGCUUGGGUCAUGACGGCUUACGGUUCGGUGUUACGAUCCCGGUUUCGGUGUAGAUAUGUUGAUAUCGCUUUGUACCUAUUACUGGCCACACUUCCCGUCUCUGGCAGGGUGUUCACAUCCUAAUUACGAUCCGUUUAAUUUUCCGAACUGUACGAAGUAUCCAGCCCGUAAAUAGGUCACCACCAUAGCUAUCGUGUAUACCUGCCAAUGUGUAUCCUGCUUUGCCGCCGUCGAUAUGUCGAUACAUUGUGGAUGUGAGCAAGAAAUCAACAAGUUAUUUUCUACUUGUCUACUGGACGUGGUUCGGGCUCCCAUCCCCCCCCCCCCC